AUGUCGCUUUUGUACGAAUGUAUAAACGGGCUAAUAUCCGGGGGUCUCCUAGCGGGAAUUCGGGAAACCGAUGAGGGGGAAGAACUUGCUUCCGUUUGCGUCACCAAGCUCCGGGGAUUCCUCGUGGAGGGUGAUAGCAACCUAAAGUACGUAGGGCUGCUGGCUCUGACGAAGCUUGUUGCAACCCAUGCACACCUCGUCUCGGCACACCAAGAUGUGAUCCUGGACUGCAUCGACGAUGCGGAUAUUAGUAUACGGUAUAGAGCGUUGGAGUUAGUUGUCGGGAUGGUCGACCCUGAUAGUUUACCAGAUGUUGUAGGACGUCUUAUCCGCCAAUUAAAGCCAAACACCAAUCGUGCCGAAGAGCAACCCGCUGAGCCAGAAGCCACUGGUGACGAAAGCGAAGACGAGGACAUGGAGGAAGAAGUCAUGCACCCACGUAGAACCCGUGGGGAGGCUGUGCCGUUUGAGUUACCCGAAGGGUAUAAGCGAGCUGUCAUAACUAGCGUCGUGGAAAUGUGUUCCCGGGAUAUGUAUGCGAAUGUAGGGGAUUUUGAGUGGUAUUUGGAUGUGUUAAUCCAGUUAAUAAGAUAUGCACCCCCGGCUUCCACAUCUUCUAUGGGGGAUGAGGGCGACGAACUGGAGGAGGAGGGCCAGGGCGAGAGUGAUAGACAAGAUGUGGGCGAGGCCAUUGGAAAAGAGCUCCGGAACGUUGCGGUGCGGGUACGGAGCGUCCGAAGGGAAGCUGUCCGAUAUGCUGGGAUGCUUGUUGGAAAACGGGAGGGGAUGUUUCCUGUUGCUGGGGGUGGUGGCCGGUGGGUGCUCGGGGCAGCUGGUUGGAUCGUAGGGGAAUACGCCAGGUAAAUCAACAUGCUUAACCUUUCGCGCUGAAGGAUUACAGCUAAGAAUCUGACCCUAGUCUACUUACCGAGCCCAAUGAAACCCUAUCAGCCCUCCUACACUCUUCGUCGUUAUUGCUACCGGCAGAAAUAUUAGCUAUCUACAUUCAAGCAGUUCCAAAGAUAUAUGCUAUUCUUGCUGGGGCGGAAAACGUUCCAUGGACGCCGCCUUGGAAAUCCGCAGUCGCAUUACUGACAAGCAAGAUCAUCAAAUUCUUGGAGCCCCUCGCCAUAUCUCCUAAUCUUGAAGUUCAGGAGAGAGCUGUCGAGUUCCUUGAACUUUUUAGACUAGCCAGGGAAGCGGUAGCCGAGCAACCAGCGACGGCCGAAGACGCAGACGAACAGUACGAUGCUCCAUUACUCAUCACCCAAGCUAUCCCAGGAAUGUUUCUCGGCCUUGAACUAAACCCUGUCGCCCCCCGAGCUCAACGGAAAGUGCCCUUACCAGCAGGUCUGGACCUUGACGAGCCAAUCAACCCAUGCCUCUAUAAGCUACUCCUGGAGUCUGAACAAGACAGCCGUUUCUCUGGUGAAGACGAAGACGAUGGCUUCCGGGAAUGGUAUUACCAGAAGGCAAUCCCAAAACAAGCCAACGUCCCCGCAUCCCUGGGAAUCGCGCCAAAGAAUCUAUCUGCUGUUGCAAGCUACCAAAGCGGUGACAUGAGAGAAGAGGACUAUUUAGACAAGGACAUCCUCGAGCGCCGCAAACGGGAACGCCGGGAACGCAACAGAGACGACCCGUUCUACAUCGGUGGCGCUGUGGUAUCCGGCGGGGAGGAGGUCGACCUCGAUAACAUACCAGUUAUGAAACUCGACCUUGGGGAUGUGGACAUCCCUGCCGUACCACAGCCGCAGCCCCGUAUCUCCCAAUCAAAAAAAAAGAAGAAAGAGAAAGUAGUAAUAGCAACAGACGAAGGAAUCGGAAACGAAGGUGACGAAUCCUCGACAGAACAAACAGUAGAAAAAUCAAAACGGAGACCACGAAAAGGAUUGCUUCAGGUGGAUAGCAGUGGAUUAAUGGGAUACUCUCUAGAUGAACCAUCUGACUCUGCGGCUGGGGAAGAUGUUAAAGCUGCAAGGAGAGAAGUGGAAAGAUUUAGAGCGGAAAUGGAGCGCGCGGCGGAGAAGGUUAAGGCUAGGGCCAGCAUUGAAGAACAGAAAGAGAAAAAGAAAAAGAAAAAGAAGGGGGAGAGGGGAGAUGGGGAGAGAAAGAAGAAGAAGGCGGGGGACGCGGGAGAGGGUGUGGGGGGUCAAGCCAAAAAGAAGUUCAAGAAGGAUAAGGAAGACCAAAAGGAGGCUGCUGGUGCAUAGCUUGACUUGACGGAACGUUUUUCUUGCCAAGGGUUGAUUGGCGCUCCCCUCCUCUUUCCUCAGGACGGGAUUUGCAGCGGAUGUUUUCGUUGAUGUAUACAUAGUUAGAUUGCAUAGAUGGCUUUAAAGCCGCAGGGGAAGGGCAUGCUCAGUUUCCAU